GAAUGGUUGAACUGUGAAGCACUAGCGAACCUGCACAGAGAAGAGUUGCUCGUGAGUUUAACCAGUUUUUCACCUUUUGGAUUCACACACCUGGGAGGACCUCAUGACCCCUGACAAAAUUAAUCGUUUCCCUUAUUGUGGCAGCUGGUAAGCAUGAGCUGAUUGGCAAGUCUGGCAACGGGAAGUCUUUUCCAUCAACCGGAAUAAAUCCAAUGGCAUUCAGCGAUCCUGCCUGCACCAUUCUGCUGAAAAGAACAUGAAGCAGGUAUGGUGAUAUGACAGCAAACAACAUGGCUUAUUGUGCAAAUAAUCGUCCAGUUGUCUGUCAAAUCCUGGUGACUGUGAAGUACAGUUCGGUGGUAUUGUAGUAGUAGAGAUUGUAGUAGUGGCCUCAUCCCUUAUCCUUUUGUUUUAGGUGGAUAUUAUAAAUAAGGAAGAAUUAGAUAAAGAAAGGUGAGUUUCUGAUCCACAUCUGCGGGAUUCAUCUAAUUGUAAUCACUCACUCGCUAUCUGUCUCCCACAGAUCAUCUCUCUCAGUCACUGGAUCAUUAAGGCACUUUUCCAUAACCAUUAUCACCAUGUCUGUGGCUUUGAAUUUUAUGGUUUUGCAAACUGAGGUCCACGUCCGUUUACAGAUGGUUCAUGUUACCUUUCCUUUUGGCAGAUUUCAAGUCCACUACAGAGUGCACAGCCAAGGCAAAGCGAAGCGAUUGUCAUCUUUCAAGAGGAAGGGUUGUCCAGUGGCGGAGGUGGGCUUAAAGCUGCACCGCAAAACAUCAGAUGUAGGCCGUGUCUGUGACCGCGGCAUGGCCAACAAAGAAAAUGAGCUGACGUGCUCCGAUGAUGUGCGGGGCAUGCACUACAAUGACAACUGCCGGCUCCCUGUGAACUCUGCAGAGGCCUCCAAGAUGGCAGGGGCCAGCUCCAAGUACAGCGACUUUACUGAGCUAUCAAAGGACCAUGAAGCUAUGACUCACGUCCUUUUUGGAAGGAAUCUACGACUAAAAGUAGCCCAAACACUAUGGCGAAGGAACGCCAGUGAAUUAGUGGCCUACCUGAUAAGAAUUCAAGACACAGGCGUGCUGCUUGACUGCUUACCUGUCUUAACAAAUGACCUUCAAACUGAAGCACCAUGUUUGUCACUUGGCUGCUGCGUUGACCUCGUACCCCAAGUGAAAGUGAUUCUUGCCAGCCAAUACGAAGAACACUUAAUGGUGGGUUUACACUGGGUUCAAUCCGUCAUCAGGAAAUGGUGGCCAGAACUUUCUAAGAAUGAGAAAAGACUGCGGGACGGUCAAUCAGAAGACAGGAAUAUUGAAGUCAUGAAGCAGCGUCUGAAGGACUUGUGGAAAGAAGGAGCCCAGUUAUGUUUGGUUCCAGGUUCUACAGGAGAACUGGCAAAGGCCAUCGAGGCUAAUCUAUCACAGCUGCCCUGACACUUGUCAAUGUAGCACUCUGAGGAUGUGACCACUACUGCCGGAUCAUGGCUGUGUAUGGAACUGAUGAUGAUAAUGCCAGAGACAUGGAUUGAUUCAUUCUGCCACUUCAGCUCAGACCUCUCACUGGGACUGAACUUGACAAUUCAGACAACUCCCUCGGAGAGCUGGAGACUCUUGAGAAGGGGUUAGAGAGAGCCUCUCUGCAAAAAGGAAAAAGAAAACACAGCAAAUGACUGCUUCACAUUGAAGUGGACCGUCUUGUGAAAGGGUAUAUUUAGUGGACCUCCAUGAGACUGGGUGUAACGUCGCUCUAUGAAGUGCCAAGCUCUUUGUCUGUCACUACACCACUCUUCUCCGUUGUAUGCAAAUGCACUUGUGGAUGUAAUGAAUGCUCCGCUGUUUUGAUGUUUUGCACCUGGAUCCACCGGAAUCAGGAACUUGAAUCUGCAACAGUCUUAAAUUAUUGGAGCUCCUCGUGUUUUGUUUUGUUUUUAUGCCUCUUCAUAUGACAUUUGACUGUAUAAUGUAAAAACAAGUGAUUCUUUUAAUCUUCUUUUUAAAUAAAUUUGAC